AUGAAGCUCCUUCUGGCUAAAGAGCUAACUCUGAUCAAUAUUCCACAUUUCCUAAUUCUCUUCCUCUUCUCUUCUUCUUGUCACUCCCUAAACAGAAUAACCCCAGGCAAGCCUCUUAAAAACGGCGACGUUUUGGUCUCCGACGGAACAACCUUUGCCCUUGGUUUCUUCACACCCGACGAAAAUUCCAAAAACAGCUUCGUCGGAAUCUGGUACAACCAAGUUUCAGAGCGAACCCUUGUCUGGGUUGCCAACAGAGGCAACCCUCUUAAUGAUACUUCUGGAAUUCUCUCAAUCGACAUUCAUGGGAACAUCGUUCUUGUUGCCAACCAUACGAAUCCAAAUCCCAUUUGGUCUUCCAAUGUUUCACUCUCGUCGUCAUCAUCUCCCACUAAGACCUUCGCGAAGCUUCUAGACACAGGAAACUUGGUUUUGGUCGAAAAUAAUGGCACAAGUAAGGUUCUUUGGCAGAGUUUUGAUUAUCCCUGCGACACCAUGCUUCCGCUUAUGAAACUCGGAUUGGAUAAGAAGACCGGAUUGAAAAGAUUCCUCACCUCAUGGAAAUCCCUUGACGACCCGAGACCCGGAAGCAUGAGCUAUAAGAUCGACCCGAGAGGCUAUCCUCAGUUCUUCGUCUACAAAAACGAGGACCCAAUCUAUCGGGCUGGGUCUUGGACGGGUCAAAGAUGGGGCGGAAUACCCGAGAUGAUCCCAAACUAUUUCAUCUUCAACGUUAGCUUCGUGGAUGAUGCAAAUGAAACGAGCAUAAUGUACAGUCUCAACGAUCCUUCAGCGUUAUCAAGAAUGGUUCUUGAUAAUUCGGGUCACUUGAGCCGAUACACGUGGCAACCCGAAGGCCAUAGAUGGCAGGAAAUCCUACACAUUCCAAGAGAUAACUGUGACCAUUAUCGGCGAUGCGGGUCCAAUAGUUACUGUGACUCGUAUUAUGUUGUUGCAGACAAGUUUCAAUGUGUGUGCUUGCCUGGAUUUGAAUCCGAAAACCCAGAAAUGAGAAAGGGGUCGGGUGGUGGGUGCGUGAGGAAGAAGGAUGUGUCCACGUGUCAAAGUGGGGAGGGGUUUGUGAAAGUGCCACGUGCGAAACUACCAGAUACAUCAAAGGUAGAGUUGGAUGAUAAGAGCAUUGGCAUGAGCUCGGAAGAAUGUAAAGAGAAGUGUGCGAAGGAUUGUUCAUGUGAAGCAUUUGCGAGUGCAAAUGAGGUCACUCUGAGAGGCUGCCUGACGUGGCAUGCUGACAUGGAAGACAUUAGGAUAUUUAAUAGUGUGGGUCAAGAUUUGUAUGUUCGUGUGGAUGCAGUUGAAUUAGCUAAAUAUGAAAACAAGCCUCAUAGUUCUCUUGGCAAGAAGGGGAUGGGCGCACUAGUCGUUUCUGUUUGCCUCUUAAUGUUGGUGAUCACUUUUGUGUAUUGGUUUGCAAAGAAGAAGAAACAAGCGAGAAGAAGGCUUGAUGGAUAUUUAGUUGAUAGAGGAAAUGGUUCGGAUUUAUCAUUGUUCGAUCUAAGUGAUAUAAUUGCAGCAACUGAGAAUUUCUCUGAUGCUAACAAGCUUGGACAUGGUGGUUUUGGUUCAGUUUAUAAGGGUAUACUGCAAAAUGGAAUGACUGUAGCAGUGAAGAGGCUAUCACAGCAUUCUGGACGAGGCACUAAAGAGUUCAAAAAUGAAGCUACUUUAAUGGCAAAGCUCCAACAUAGAAAUCUUGUAAAGAUUUUAGGUUAUUGCAUACAAGGAAAAGAGAGGAUAUUGAUCUAUGAAUAUUUGCCAAAUAAAAGUUUGGACAUUUUCAUUUUUGAGGAAUCUUAUACCUUCACCAUGAUUCAAGAUUAA